CAUACCCAUAGAUAUAUCUAUUCUAUGGUCGUGACCGUCGUGACGUCCAGUGACGUUGUGUGCAUACGUCUCCGGAAACACCGUUAUGAUACUUGUCAACACGUGCUAUCCUCGUCACAGAAGAAAAUACAAAUAAUUCAAACGAAAAAUUUUGCUAGUUAUUUCUAGAGAAAAGACGCGUGGAAAGAGGGAGAGUAGUAUACAACAUACAUCAUCUCAACGAGACUGACGUCCACACAUACACGCACGCACAAAUAUAUACAUAUAUAUAUAACGGUAGAAGAAAGGCGCUCUUUACUAUGCCGAUUUUGCCUGCAAGUUCAAAGCACAUAUCCCACGAUGCUCAUCCAAUAAAUCCAUGCAAGAAUGAUGACAUUGUGUUGAGUUACCAUGAUUACCUACUCAGGGCAUCGGAUGUCACAUUACUGGAGAGAAAUGAUUGGCUUAAUGAUAUCAUAAUAGGAUUCUAUUUUGAAUAUCUAAAUCAACAAUGUAAAAAAGACAGCCAAAAUCGGUUAUUAUUUAUUGGACCUGAAGUAGCUCAGCUGUUAAAGAUGCAAGAUUCUUCACAGUAUAAUAUAUUUCUUGAACCUAUCGAGGCUACAAGUUAUGACUUCAUAUUCUUCCCUCUAAAUGAUUGUGACAGCAGUGAGGCAGGUGGCUCACAUUGGAGUUUGUUGGUAUACUCUCAUAUAGAAAAGAUGUGUUAUCACUUUGAUUCGUCAAGCGGUAUUAACAGCUUCUCCGCGAAGAAGCUUGCACGAAAAGUAACAAAAUAUUUUCUUGAGAAACAAGAGAAAAGGUACAUUGAAAUGAAUUGUCCGCAACAAGAUAAUAACUACGAUUGUGGUUUAUACGUUUUGUGUUUAGCAGAUGUAAUAUCUAGACAUGCUAUAAGUAGUUCUAAAAUAAGCGAUUGUGAUUGUAAUAUUGUUACAGAAAUGGUCGUGAAAAAACGUACUGACUUAUUAAAAUUAAUUUACGAUUUGAGAAAUACAUGUAACAAUAUUUAAUAGAGUUGUAAUUAAUAUUUAUGUUAAUAGUAAUUCUGAUUGCAAGCAAUGUAGUAUUAUCUAUUAUGAUUUGAUGAUAUAAUGAACUUUACUAUAUAUUAAUGUUUCUUUAUUUUUCUUAUUACUAUUUUAUGAUAUUUAUAUAAUUAUUUGACGUUAAAUGUAUCUCAAACAUAAAAGAAUAUUUCAUAUUUUUUUAAAAAUUCACUAUUCUUUUAUAUAAAAUAAGAUUUGAAAAAUUUAGAUUAUUGACAAAGAAAUUUAACUUUUUAAAAUUCUUAUAAAAGGACAAAAAAAUUUAUUGUGUUAACUGAAUAUUAAUGUGUAAUAAUAUGAAGCACAACAUGAUUAGUUGUUCAAGUCCAAAUAAUGAUUAACUUGGACAAACAGUACAAAUAUGAAAGAUGACAUGUAACUAUAUAAAAAAGAUUUAUAGUUAGCGGGUUUGCUCCCGAGUCUCAUCCCCUGCAUGUCUUGACUUAUAAUAGGUUGAUUAGUUGAAGAUUAUGAAUAAAAGGAAUAUAAGAUGAAUGUAGUUUCAGGGGGAAUAAUAAAACGGAUACGUACAGUAAAAAAUGUGAAAGUUUUUAUACUGCAAACUUUAAAGUUAUUGAAAUCCUUCAUUUGAGCAAGCUUAAUACUAAAAAUUAAUUAGAAUAUUAGAACAAAGAGUAAUGUGCAUAUAUAUAUUUUUGCUCAACAGAAACUAUAUAAAUAAAACAAUAAUUUUCUGUAGUACAAAUCUUAAUGUAAAAAGUACCAUUUUUUAGUAAGACAUGAAAUUUUCUAUAGAACAAAAGAUUUGUGCUGAUAUCCUUCGAUUAGAUUAUAUAUUAUAUUAGAUUACAUGUUAUAUUAUAUACAUAUUUAUGAUAAUGCCUCAUGUGAAAUUGGUUUAUUUUCAUAAAUGGCUAUAAUAAGUUGCGUGAAUUACCAUAUCCCGUGUAAUAUCUUUCACGGACGAACAACCUAAAAAAAACACUUGUUUAAAAAAAUAUUUCAAUAAGAUGCAUGUUGAUAUAAAAAAAAACAAUGUCUUAACUUACCACUUAACGCAAAUGCUAGAUCAAUUUCCCUUCUCAUAAUUUCAAGAAUCUCGUUAGCACCUUUCUCGCCACUAUGUACCAAGCCCCAUAGUAUUGGUCUGCCUAAAAAUACCUGAAAAAGAACACAGUUGUUUAGAUCUGUAAA